UACAUUUGAUGUGUGGAAUAGAGCGGAGAAUGGAGAGAUUAUCAGAGGACUUGGUUAUGUUCUGUUUCAAUCAGUAAAAGAGAAACUGGGCAUAGGUAAAUACCUCUCUAGCUAUGAGAAGACAAGAUACUUGUAUGAGAGAGAGCUAUAUGACUUUCAGAUGAUCUUGAAAGGACUUUUCCUUUGAAUAGAUUUGUAACAUCUCAACUCGUGGAUUUAAAUGAUAAAUGAUAAAUUGCCUGGCUUGACCUAGUUAUUCUCUAUAGUUUUCCCAUAACCACCAUCAUCAGUAAGUUUUAUCCUUUUCUUUAUGAAGAACUCUGUUUUUCACACAAAGAGUUACGUUCUUGCUCUUUCCUUAUCCAUUUGCCUGCUUUCUGUGUGUAUUCCCUCAUUAGUGUUCUCCUCAUGAAUCCUCCAGUGGUUAGCAGCAUUCGGGUCUCCAGGCUCAGAGAAAACAGCAUUACACACACCUGAACAUGUGCAGUGUCAUAUGGUGAUGCAUUAGAAUGUAACCCUGUCAUUAAAAUGUCAUCUUCUGCAGAGACCUAUGGAAUCUCCUCCUUACAUUUUGUUCUGUCUCUCUCCUCCAAUGAAUCACUUCAAAUUCUAUGACUAUAUAUUUUUCUUCCUUUUUACAAAAGCAUGAUCACCCUUCACAUUUCUGUCUCUUCUGUCUGUUUCUAUCUGAGUUGUAAGGAGCCCUCCAGCACUUAGCACUUGGGAAUGAGAGUUAUUUGAAAGCACGAGCGAUCCAGUUAAUAAAGGGAUUUGCUAUGACCAACACCGCCAAGAUAGUUGACCAUGGCACCAGUAUACAUUUUGAGAAGCAUCAUGAAGGAUCCAUUCAAGUUUCUAUCCCUUGGGCUGUGUUAAUAGUGGUCCUCAUCACGUCCUUAAUAAUAGCUCUCAUUGCCUUAAAUGUGGGCAAGUACAAUUGCCCAGGCUUGUACGAGAAGUUGGAAUCAUCUGACCACCAUGUUGCUACCUGCAAGAAUGAGUGGAUUUCAUACAAGAGGACAUGUUACUUCUUCUCCACCACAACCAAGAGUUGGGCCUUGGCCCAACGCUCUUGUUCUGAAGAUGCUGCUACUCUUGCUGUAAUUGAUUCAGAAAAGGACAUGACGUUUCUGAAGCGAUAUUCUGGUGAACUGGAACAUUGGAUUGGGCUGAAAAAUGAAGCUAAUCAGACAUGGAAAUGGGCAAAUGGCAAAGAAUUUAACAGCUGGUUCAACUUGACGGGGUCUGGGAGGUGCGUGUCCGUGAACCACAAAAAUGUUACCGCUGUGGACUGUGAGGCAAACUUCCACUGGGUCUGCAGCAAGCCCUCCAGAUGACGAGGAUACAUAGAUGUAUAAAUGACUGUGCCAUAGCACCACAGGAAAGUUGUGUAACUGGAUACUGCUCUGCAGUUGAAUUUUCCACAAAGACUGCACAAACCAACUUUACAUCAUCCUGGAUCAACUCCAGAUAGAACUGUGGGACAUGAGGAAGAAGAUCCAGGAAGAUCCCUUGACCAGGAGCUGAAACUGUCACCAACUGACUGCUAAUCACAUCAAGGAUGAGAGGAUGGCUAUGAAGCCUCAUCAACGCACUUUAUUUUUUUUUAAACCUAGAAUGAAUAGAACUGACUAGCUCUAGAGUUACUAUUUAUUGCCGAAUGACUGCUACAGCCAGUGCCUUUACGCAUUUGCACUAUUUGGAGGGGUUUCAGUGGUAGGAAGAGCUGAAUGUAGGUACAGGAAGAUUUGACUGAUUAAUGAUUUUCUUAAAUUCAAAAAGCAUUCACAAAUAGAACAAUGCUUAUGAAACCAAGCUUUGCAGUAACUCCAUCUAUUUACAGAAACUUUGCCUCAUUAUUUUGUCAAUUGUUCUCCCCCAAAGAAUAAGAGUGGCCUUUUCUUUAACUUCCUCCGUGUAGACAGCUAAUUUUCAAUGGUACAUAUUUCUUAACCUUUAAAAACCUCUGUAGCGUAUUUCAAGGAAGAAAACAAAAGCACAGCAUAUGAGUAAUAUUUGUAGAGCAGAUUUCAAAGUGCUGGAAAGAAAAGUGCAAUACGUGUAGUGGCAGAUCUCUGUCAGGACACACCCUGUGGUUUGACCUUGGAAUAACUCCAGUCUUGUCACAUAACCUGUUUGUGUCUUUCCCAGUCCUUUGUCCAAAAUAUUUCCCAUGUGCAAUAAAGUGUUUAUAUAUUUGUUUGUGUUUUAAAACCCACUAUAAAGUUUAAGCUGUUUCUAUGUAUGUGAAAAUAAAAGAAUAGAUAAAUGGUU